UUUUAAUGGAAUCAAAAGGAGAUAUGGAGGUUAAGAAGAAUAAUGUGGUGUAUGAGAUUGAGAAGGAUGGUGACCGACUUGUGCCUGAGAAUUGGAGGGAGAUCGCAGAUAUGAGACUUAAAAUGCUUGAUCAGGAAUAUGAAAAAGUUAUCUGAGCAAAUGAACUUGAAAAACCAACACAAGAAGAUGAGCCAGAAGAAGAGCCAAAGGAUGAGACCGAGAUUCAAGAUGUGCAGAAAGAUCAAGAAGAGAAAGAAGAGAAGGUUGAACAGCCAGAAAAAGAAAAUCCAUCUGAAGAUCAAACUCCUUCUGAAAAUCAGAAAGAAAAUGAAGAGGACAGUGAUGAAUUUGGAGAGUUCCAAGAAGGAAAUUAUUGAAUGCUUGGCAGCGAUGGAGCCCUCUCCAAUAGCUCAGACACUGAAGAAGAGGAUACUAAGCAAGAGAAUGAUGAAAAGGUAGAUAACCCCAUUGAUGAAAAAGUACCUCAAGUUGAAUCAAACCCUUCAGAUGAGGUAGAAUUGACUGAAGAAAAGGUAAAUAAAAUAAAAUAGCGCAAUGUCUAAAUUAAAUCUCACACCCCCUCCUUGGGCUCAAGCAAUCCCUGAAGAACAAUGGCUGCCCAAAUUCUUUGGCAGCAAAAACCCUGACUUAAAGUUCAAAAUAGAUGUCUAAAUUCAAUAUCAAAA